AUGGCCACCAAGAGACAGGCACCCGACGAGCGAGCCGGUCAGUCUAGUAAUGCGACCCAUCAGUCCCGGAAACGCUUCAAGCCCAACACUGGCAGUUUUGUACCGCCCGAGAAUUUUGGCAAGAAAUCAUUCAAAAAGGCCCAUACCACAAAUGCGAUCAAAUCGAACAUCCGAUCCCUUCGCAGAUUGCUAGAACGUGAACUUCCCGCAGACGUUCGGGUGGAGAAAGAGCGCGCGCUGCAGACUGCGGAACGUGAACUGGCAGCCACGGAAAAGGCAAAAGUUAGGAGUGAUUUAAUCUCACGGUAUCACAAGCCUCGGUUCUUCGAGCGACAAAAAGCGGAGCGGAGGUUGAAGCAGGCACGGAAGGCGUUGAGGGCUUGUGAGGGCGAUGAGGCGGAGAGGGAGAAGUUGGGGAAGGAGGUGGAUGAAUAUGAGGUGGACUUGAAUUAUGCGCUCUUCUUCCCGCUGGAUGAGCAUUACGUCAGUCUCUAUCCGACGAGGAAGCGAAAGGAGGAUGGAGAGCCGGCGACAUCGGAGGUCGAGGGGAAGAGGCAGGGUGAUAAGGCAAUGUGGGAGCUGGUGAGAAAAUGCAUGGCUGAGGGGAAGAACAGGCUUGAGCAAUUAAGGGAAGGCAAGUUGACGCAAAACGACGAUGCAGAGGAAGUUGAUCAUGCCGAGACGAAGCCCACCCAAGGAAAAACCAAGCGAGAGAAGACGAAUUCGCGUAUGGAAGUGCGUGAACAGGAGCAGGCUACGAAGGAGGCAAUCGAGGAGAAUGAUGGUUCCAGCGACGAUGACACUGGUGGUGGAUUCUUCGAAUGA